AUGAAUUUGUCCAAAUUUGAACCUAUACGGAUACGGGCUCUAUGGAGCUCACUUCACUGUGUUGCUCUCUUGAUGCUCGCUUACCAUGCUGUCUUCCUCGCGCUCCUCAUCAUUUCGAACCUAACUUCGAACAGUUUAGGCUUAGCGAUGGUUGCCGGAGUUAUAAUCUCUGUUCCUUACUACGGUGUUCAUGUGUAUUUCACUGCCUUAUGGCAUCUAGGUAGUGUGGUUUCGGUUCUCGAGCCCGUUUAUGGACUCGCUGCCAUGAGAAAAGCUUAUGAGCUUCUCAAAGGGAAGACUAGGAUGGCUAUGGAGUUGGUCUGUCUUUACCUUGCGCUCUGUGGGUUUAUCGGAGCUGUUUUUGGAGUGAUUGUGGUUUUCUUUGGAGAAUACUUUGGGAUGUUGACUAGGACUCUUGUUGGCGGGUUGCUUCUUGGUUCGCUUGUGAUGGUGAAUCUUGUGGGUUUGUUGGCUCAGAGUGUGUUUUAUGAUCAUCUUGGUGGGUAUCUUGGAGAGUGUGUGCCUCUUAUUGAGAGUAACAUUCAGUUGGAGAAUUUAGAAAUUUGA